UUGAUUUUUGCAAGCAGACUUUUGUUCCCAUCUUUAGGAGGAUGGAUUGUUAUUUGGGUGUGACAUUGGCGCCACCUCUGGUGCUACCAUCUCUUUGCAGUGGAAAUCUGAUGCCUUAAGUCUGACAAAAAUAAGGGUAAUGAGUUCCUUUGUUAUAUUGCCUCGAAUGCAGGUUAGUGGGUCCCUCUAUGGGGCUCUUCUUGGCUCCCUCCUUGUUUACCCAAUUGCAGAUUUCCUUGGGAGAAGAAGGGAACUUACAUCAGCUGCAUUGCUAUAUGUACUUGACACUUUGACAACAGCCCUCACUCCAGACCUUGGUGUUCUCUUAGCAAGACAGCUACUCUAUGGCCUUGGUAUUGGCUUGGCCAUGCAUGGGGCUCCCCUCUACAUUGCAGAAACUUGCCCUUCUCAAAUACGUGGAACUCUAAUAUCUCUUAAGGAACUUUCCAUAGUUCUGGGAAUUUUGCGCCCAGUGGCAUUACUUAUUGGAGUUGGCAUGUGGAGUCUUCCACCAUCACCACGCUGGUUACUUCUUCGGGCAGUUCAGGGUAAAGGAUCUUUACUACAGUACAAAAAGGAAGCCACCCUUGCACUAAGCAAAUUGAGGGGCCAGUCUCCCAAUGAUGAAGCCUCUGAGAGGCAAAUAGAAGAUACCCUCAUCUCAGUAAAGUCUGCAAAUGUGGAAAAGGAAUCUUAGGGGAAUUUCCUGGAGGUAUUUCUCAUUUUUGCUGUCACAGACAGUUUACAGUUAUUUUCUUUUAAGUUGUAUUAUGCAAUUUUAUUUUAUGGUUCUUCUAACAAACAAGUAAUGGAGAUAGUACAUGAAAGAUUUAGGAAUAUCAUGUUAAGGAGCUGAUUUACCACCUGCUUGUGACAGAUAACUGGCCAACCAAGUGUCCUGUACUAUGCAGGUCCUAUUCUACAGAGUGCUGGGUUCUCUGCAGCUGCUGAUGCUACUCGAGUUUCUAUAAUAAUUGGUUUGUGUUCGGUUAUUUCUCAAAGAAAUGAAGAGAGACGUUGAAGAGCUGAAAUCAAGUUUCCAUUUCAGU